AUGCCCAAAGUGUCAUGCUGCGCGGAGCACGAAGCCGGCAAGUCUUUCCCGACUGAGGCUGGCAAGGAGCUCACCACUGUCUACGCAACCGAUGCAAGCGUCACCCCAGAAUCUCUGCAGGCCAUUCUGGAAAGAGAUGGUGCGCUCAUUGUCAAGAAUCUUGUGCCCAAGGAGCUGUGCCAGCAGAUCCGCGCCGACCUCAAGUCGUCUUUCGACAGUGAUCGCGUGGAUCCAUCUGGCUUCUUCCCCACGACAACCAAGCGCGCAUACAGCAUCUUGGCCAAAUCCGAUGCAUGCGCUGAGCUCGCCGUCAACCCAGUUUUCCUCGGCGUAGCGAACCAGAUGCUCACGAGCCACUACACGUACUGGGAGGGCCAGAAGCAGCUGCAUGUCAGCGGGAAGCCGCAGAUCACAACCAUUGUAGGGUUUCGGGUCGAACCUGGUGGCUCGCAGCAAUCGAUGCACAGAGACGAUGCCGACUACCAUACCCGCAACUGCGAUAUGCCAGUUAUGAUGGGCUGCGUCACGGCAUUGACGAAGACGACGAAGGAGAAUGGUGCCACAAUCAUUAUCCCCAAAAGUCACCUUUGGGGUCCGGAUCGCUGCCCUCUGGAUGAAGAGGCCAUUCCAGCUGAGCUAGAAAUUGGCGACGCCGCCAUCUUCCUGGGCAAUGUCUACCAUGCGGGCGGCGCCAAUGUCACAGUUGAUGAGGCCCGCGAGACGAUUGGUAUGUUCAUGUGCAAAGGCACACUUCGCCAGGAGGAGAACCAAUACUUGGAGCUACCUCCAGAGGUAGCAAAGGAGCGUAACUUUUCGCCGCAGCUGCUGAGGCUUCUUGGAUAUGGGAUUCUUCCACCAGCGUUGGGCUUGUAUAAGUACCAGGAUCCAAUGAAAGUGAUUUUCGGCGUCAAUGACGCCGAAACAGUGAAUAAAUAG